AUGCCGGCGGAAACAGUACCACAAGAAAAUUCGCAGCAAAAUCGUGAUGCCCGGGGCCAGUAUGGGGCGCGUACAGCGACAACUGAAUGUGUAUCUUCAGUUUGCUUCAAGGAUGAGAAUGGGUACAUCUCAGACAUCAUGGUCGAAAUGAACGGGGAAACCAGAUACCUGGGUCGGGCUCUGCUGGACACAGGAUCUAUGCCUAGCCUGAUGAGCGAAUCAACUGCAGUUCGGGCAGAAGCCUGGGGUCUGACUACCAUCGAUCGGAGUGAAUCCAAAAAGGCCGAAGGAAUUGAGAUGCUUGAAGGGAUUGUGAAGGGCGCAAAAAUCAAGGUCGAGGGUAAAGUGAGUCUGAAGUUCUCCGUAGAUGGUGAUCAUUACUACCGACAUACUUUCAUCGUGGUUCCAGACGAGGAUAGAUUUGACAUAUUGCUCGGUGCCAAACUCCUCGAGAGAAGCGCCUUGGUUCGGGCAAGGCAAAACUCCGCCGAGCCCGUGGCCGGUCGUUUGUAG